AUGCGACAAACUAAGCUCGACAAAAGAAAGCCACAGGAAUCGUCGGCCACAGAGAGCAAGGAGUUUGUAGAGGAAAAGCCUGCUGACGGAAUGAAACGGAAAGCAUUGGCUUCCGAGGCUGAAGCUAAAGACUCAAGUCUAAGCGGAGACGUCUGCACCAAGAGCCGCAAGGAAAUGUGUUGCGAGGAUCAAGAGAGUGGGCAAUUGACGGAUAGCGGCUCUGAUGAAGUAACAGCGCCGACCAAACUGACUAGGGACCAGCGCAAGAUCGACGACAAGCUCAAAGGCAACGAUUUCGAGAACAUCAAGCAAAAGGGACUUGUCUAUUUCUUCUAUCGGCCAAAGGUCAUGUCGAGUAACAAGGCAAAGUUCAACAACACCGAAUCACUGGAUGAUGUGCAGAACACAAUUGUGUUGCUUGUCCCAAGAACGAGUGAAUCGAGCACGGCUCCUGCUUCCAAUGACGAUGCAACGCAAGAGCAAGACGAGAAACGCGAGCCGCCUAAUCCCAGUGCUUACCGUCUCGUUUCGCUUAGCAAGAAGCGUAUGCCUAGCCCAGAAGCAGCCCUCAAAGAGGGACAAGAUCCCGGUGGAAUUAUGGGGCGCCACAGUGAAGCCAUUUGGGCUACACCAGCUGCGAGGCCGGCUGGGCGUGGUCACUAUGCGCUGAUUAUCAAAACGGCCAAUCCGCCUUCCACCCGCGAGGUGCGGCUUACAUAUUACCUUUCUCACCUAAGCAGCGGCGACUUUGGUCCUGGCGCACCAGUCGCCGGACUUCCUAAAGACAAGCGAGCGACCCUGACCAAAGAGGAACUGCAGGAAAACUUUGGAGGCGACGUCAACAAAAACGGCAAUCGAUAUGCCCGGCCUGAAGGACCUGCAUUGUUGGAUCGACAGGGCGUAGAGUUGCUGCCGAUCAAGCGGGAGACGCAAGAGGACAAUGGCUCGAGGGGCCUCGGCGACGAACAGACCAAAGCGCUAGCUAAGCUGGCUCAACAAGACCGCGAAAAGAUAUCGGAUGAGAUGAUUCUCAAGGAUCUCGAGCUGUCCAGCAAGGAGACAAGGGUCGAGGCGUUGUCGGGCAAGUGGAUCUAA